AAAACUUUGAAAAGCUAAUAAUCGCAUUUUUAUGGAAGCUACAUCACAGAGUUACCUUGGUGCUCCACAAACCUCUACACAAGAAACAAAAAAUUAUUUAAUGUCACUCCAUUCGACCAGAAAGCAACCUUCAAUACCUUUGAAGAGGCCUGUAUCAUCGCCUUUGAAGUCAAUGCAUUCCCAGGUUUACCGAGUCGAGCCAGUUAACUUCAAAGAGUUGGUUCAGAGGCUAACUGGUGCACCUGAGCACGACAAUUAACAUUUCAUUUAUCAUCUUCAUCAUGGGGAGAUUUAUCACUUCAGACUCCUGCAAAUCUCUCCAGAUGGUAGCUUUUAUAUAGGAC